AUGGCCGCCGUGGUACGCGCGUGCGGGCGCGCCGCGUCCGCGGCGGCUCGCGCGGGGCACCGCGUGGCGCCCGCCGGCGGCCGCGCCAUCUCCGUGGAGGCGCAGCGCCUCAACUCGCCCCUGAAGGAGGUCGACCCAGAGAUUGCAGGGAUCAUCGAAGGCGAGAUGGACCGCCAGAAGCGCUGCAUCAACUUGAUCGCCUCAGAGAACUUCACGUCGAAGGCCGUGCUGGAGGCCGUGGGCUCCGUGAUGGUGAACAAGUACUCGGAGGGCUACCCUGGCGCCAGGUACUACGGCGGCAACGAGUUCAUCGACAAGGCCGAGAGCCUCUGCCAGCAGCGGGCGCUGGAGGCGUGCCGGCUGGACCCGAAGGCUUGGGGCGUGAACGUGCAGUCGCUCAGCGGGUCCCCUGCCAAUUUCCAGGUGUACACCGCUCUGCUGGAGCCGCACGACCGGAUCAUGGGCCUGGACCUCCCGCACGGAGGCCACUUGUCGCACGGCUUCCAGACCGACACCAAGAAGAUCUCGGCGGUGUCGAAGUACUUCGAGUCCAUCCCGUAUCGGCUGAACGAGGAGACCGGCGUCAUCGACUACGAUGAGUGCGAGCGGUUCGCGUUGCGGAUCCGCCCGAAGAUUCUGAUCGCCGGCACCAGUGCCUACUCCCGCCUGAUCGACUACGGCCGCAUGAGGCAGAUCGCGGACAAGUGCGGCGCGAUCCUCCUCGCCGACAUGGCGCACAUCUCUGGCCUGGUGGUGGGCGGCACCGUCCCUUCUCCGUUCGAGUAUGCCGACGUAGUGACCACCACCACGCACAAGUCCCUCCGCGGCCCCCGCGGCGCGAUGAUCUUCUACAGGAGGGGCCAGAAGGGCGAGGACAAGAAGGGCAACCCGAUCAUGUACGACUUCGAGGAGAAGAUCAACGCGGCGGUCUUCCCUGGGUUACAGGGCGGCCCCCACAACCAGUCCAUCACGGCGCUGGCCGUCGCCCUGAAGCAGGGCAUGUCCCCUGAGUUCCGCCAGUACCAGGAGCAGGUGAUGAAGAACGCGAAGGCGCUCGGGGAGUCGCUCCAAGGCAAGGCGUUUGACAUCGUGUCUGGCGGCACCGACAACCACUUGCUCCUCAUCGAUCUCAGGUCUAAGGGCGUCAACGGAUCGAAGUCCGAGACUGUGUGCGAGGCGUCCUCGAUCGUGCUGAACAAGAACACGAUUCCUGGCGACAAGAGCGCGAUGAACCCCAACGGUCUUCGCGUCGGCACUCCCGCGAUGACAUCCCGCGGGCUCAUGGAGGCCGACUUCGUGAAGGUGGGCGAGUUCAUCGCGGAAGCGGUGGACAUCGCGGCGGAGGUGCAGAAGCAGAGCGGUCCGAAGCUCGUCGAUUUCAAGAGGGUACUGCGGGAGGCCCCUCCGGGGAGGCUCUUGCAGUUGAAGUCCGAUGUGGAGGCGUUCUCCAGCGGCUUCCAGACGAGGGGCAGCGGCGCGCGGGUGCCCCGUCCGGCCGUGUUCCGGCGCCGCGUGCCAGACGCGAUCCCGCCGUGCGGGGAGGGCCAGACGGUGUUCGAGUUCGUGCCCGACUGGACGGACAGGAACCGCGCGUGGAAGCUCUGGACGCCCGCGGAGUGGAAGCCUCCCAAGAAGAUACAGUUCUCUGCGCUGCUCAUACCAACACUGGACUCCUGCCGCGCCCAGCACCUGAUGGAGAUCAUCAGCGCCCACGGCCAGACCAAGACGCCGCCGUCGUUCAAGUCCACCAUGCUUGUCGGAGCCCCGGGCACGGCCAAGACGUCCACGGCGCUCAUGUACCUGGCCACCUUCUCGCAGGAGGAGAUGCUCUCGAAGCGCCUCAACCUCAGCAGCGCCACGACGCCCCUGGGCUUCCAGAGGAGCAUCGAGGCCGAGGUGGAGCGCAAGACAGGCAAGACGUUCUGCCCCCCGGGCGGCAAGAAGAUGUGCUUCUUCAUCGACGACGCCUCCAUGCCCGUCGUCAACACGUGGGGGGACCAGGUGACGAACGAGCUGACACGGCAGCUCAUGGAGCAGUCUGGCUUCUACUUCCUGGACAAGGACAAGCGCGGAGACUUCAAGACCAUCGAGGGCCUGCAGUACGUCGGCGCCAUGGGGCACCCAGGCGGCGGUAAGAACGACAUCCCCAAUCGCUUGAAGUCGAAGUUCCUGUGCUUCAACAUGGUGUUGCCGUCGACCAUCUCUGUGGACAGCAUAUUCGGUUCCAUCAUGAAGGUGAAGUUCAGCGCGAAGGCUGGGGCAAAGCCAUCCGUUGUGGAGCUCACCAAGCAGCUCUGCGCGGCGACCGUCGACGUCUGGGAGAAGGUCAAGAAAAGUUUGUUGCCGACGCCGCUGCGCUUCCACUACAUCUUCAACAUGCGCGAUCUCAGCCGCGUCUUCCAGGGCAUCAUGGAGUGCCCCGUGGAGGUCGUCCAGGACGAGGUGACUCUCGUGAGGCUGUGGAAGCACGAGAACACCCGGGUGUUCGCGGACAAGCUCUGCCGCGAUUCGGACAAGCAGUUGGUGGACAAGGUGCUCCGGGAGUCCCUGCAGGCGCACUUCGGGGACAGGCUGCCCCCGGACAGCGUGGCUUCCGAGCUCAGCAGCACCAGGUGGUUUGCGGACUUCCAGCGCGAUGUGGAAAUCGACGAGGAGACCGGCGAAGAGAUGGGUCGGCCGCUUCGGGCCUCCGCGGGGGCCCUCCACACGGGCCCCGGCACCGUCGAGAACGACGCAGCUUCGGCCUCGGGCAUCCGCCCCCCGCGGGACGAGUACGACUUGGCGGACUUCGGCCCGGAGCGCUUCCGGCUCAAGGGCCAGAGCUACGAGCGGAGGGAUCUGCAGCUGCAGAACUGGCAGUGCUUCGGGACGGCCGACCCGGUGACCCCGAGCAGCGUGUCCAGGGACAGCUGCAGGCCUCUGGAGGAGAAGCCCCGGCCGUGCGUGAUAUACCUGCACGGGAACUCCUCGUCCCGCCUGGAGGCCUGCGACGUGUUGCCGUUCCUGCUGCCGCGGGGCCUCACGCUCUUCUGCCUGGACCUCGCGGGCUCCGGGCGCUCCCAGGGCGACUACAUCUCGCUUGGCUACUUCUGA